CCAAAGAUUCCCUGACAUCCCAUACUCCUCUCCGGAUUCUCUACAUCUGGUUAUCCUCCCGGUUUUCCCCACCGUUCUAAACCGGAUCGCUUUCGACGUCACCCGCCCAUCCCCGGUCCUACGAUCAUUUCCUUUUCAAUCUCACAAUGCAGACCAAACACUUUUUUACCGACCCGGACCAUCUGGUUCGCACUGCCCUGCACUCUCUCACCCUAACAAAUCCCUCUCUGGCUUUUGACCCCGACAACAAGAUCAUCUUCCGUCGCCCCGAUUCCGUCAAGAAGUCCAAGGUUGCCAUUGUCUCUGGCGGUGGCUCCGGUCACGAGCCGGCGUUUGCGGGCUAUGUCGGUCACGGGUUGCUUGAUGCGUCCGUCGCGGGCACCAUCUUCGCCUCGCCGUCUGCUGAGCAGAUUCGCAAGGGCGCCAUGGACUGCGUGAACAACGAGAAGGGCGUGCUGAUCAUUCCCAUGAACUACACGGGCGACGUGCUCAACUUCGGCAUGGCCACGGAGAAGUCCCGCGCUGCGGGCAUCAAGACCGAAUUUUUCGCUAUCAACGACGACGCUGGUGUCGGCAAGAAGAAGGGCGGAAAGGUUGGCCGUCGUGGCAUUGGUGGCGGCAUCCUGGUCUUGAAGAUCGUUGGCGCCCUGGCAGAGGCUGGUGCAUCCCUGGAGGAAGUCUACGCCACUGCCCAGUUGGCCAACGACAACCUCGCUUCCGUGGGUGCGUCCCUCGAGCAUGUUCACAUCCCGGGUCGCCCCGUGACCGCCGCGGAGGAUUCGAUCCCUCACGGCCAAGUCGAGGUCGGCAUGGGCAUCCACAAUGAGCCGGGAUCCCACCGCGUCAAGGCCUCGCUCCCCGAGCUGGUCAAGACCAUGCUGUUCCAGAUUCUUGACCACAAUGACCCCGACCGUGCCUUCAUCACGCACCAGCCCGAGGAUGAGUUCGUCCUCCUGAUCAACAACCUGGGCGGCUUGAGCGCCCUCGAGCUGUCGGGUAUCACCGACGAGGUCUACCGCCAGCUCGGCCAGGACCACAGCAUCAAGCCCUCUCGCGUCAUCCAGGGCACCUUCCUGACCAGCUUGAACGGCAUGGGCUUCAGCGUGUCCCUCCUCAAGUCCGCCGACACCGGUCUCGGAGCCGGCAAGUCGUUCAUCGAGCUCCUGGACGCUCCGGCCGAAGCCGUCGGCUGGACCGCUCCCAUCAGGUCGUCCACCUGGGCGCAACACUCCAGCGACGCUCCCGUGCAGCUCAAGCGGACGAAGCCGGCCCACGAGGUGCCCAGCAACCUUAAGCUGGACCCCGCCGUGCUCCGGAAAGUUCUGGGCUCCGGCCUCCGUCGCGUCAUUGCGGCCGAGCCCCUCGUCACCCGCUACGACACCAUCGUCGGCGACGGCGACUGCGGCGUCGGCCUCAAGCGCGGCGCGGAAGCCAUCCAGGCCCUCCUCGACAACCCCUCCUCGGGCCUCACCGACGACGUUGUCAACGCGGUCAACCGCAUCGUCACAGUCGUCGAAAACACCAUGGACGGCACCUCGGGCGCCGUCUACGCCAUCUUCCUCAACGCGCUGGCCCACGGUCUCCGCAACCAAGACCCGGGCUCUCCCACCCCGGCCACGACCGAAGUGUGGGCCAACGCCCUCGACCACUCCUGCAAGGCCCUCGCAAACUACACCCCCGCCCAGCCCGGCGACCGCACCAUGAUCGACGCCCUCUACCCCUUCUGCAACAAACUCCAGACCGUCAAGGACGUCCACAUGGCCGCGCAAGCCGCCCAGAAGGGCUCCGACGAUACCAAGGCCAUGAAGGCCAGCUUGGGCCGUAGUGUCUACGUUGGCGGUGAGGAGGAGUGGGUGGGCAAGAUUCCCGACCCCGGUGCGCAUGGUCUCGCUGAGUUCUUGACUGGUCUUGCGGAGGCUCUUUAAUGGGUUUGAAAUCCUUUGGCGGGGUUUUUUUUGGGAGGUGCUCAUCUUGGUACAUACUACAUCUCUUAAUAUAAUUUUAUGAUGUUGAUGAC